GCGCACACGGCCGGGCUGAGCAGGCGCGGUGGACCGAUGCGGAGCCGGAGCGGACGGAGCGAGUCGUCAGGAUUAAUGGAGGAACUCACACCCGCAGGAGUCGCUUAAAAACGGUGGCGCAGGUUACUGGCGUCUUUUAGUUACAGUCUGACUCGGAGUUGAAGGAGAAACCCCCAAAUAAGCCGGUCUGAAGGCUGAACAGCAGCAGGACUUCUGAGGGGAAAAGUGUGGAGUUUUCCCUCUUUGACAGCUGCGCCGCUGCGCUGCUGCCAAGCGGACAAACAUCCAGGAGGCGAGCUGUCACCAUCCAUUCAGCUGCCAGAGGACCGAGCGGCCCUGCAGUCGUGCAUCCUGAGUGUCUCUGCCUCCGUUUGUGUGUCCACGAUGACUGGAAGGGGGUUCGACUGGUGGGUCCCCCGCUGACACCUCCGAUCCCCAGAUAUCCGCUCCAGCUCCCCCUUUCCUGACGCCUUUUGUGCACCCUUUAUUUUGGCGGAGACCUCCUCCCCGUCUGAGCUGUCACCAUGGCAAGCUUGGUGCUGAACGAGACUGGAAUGGAGGAUUGUGGGAUUGACGACUCCUUCAAGUACAACUUGUACUCGGUGGUUUACAGCGUGGUCUUUGUUUUAGGCCUGAUAACCAACUGCGCCGCCCUGUUUGUGUUCUGCUUCCGGAUGAAGAUGCGCAACGAGACCACGAUGUUUAUGACAAACUUAGCGUUGUCAGACUUAGUGUUUGUUUUCACGCUGCCCUUCAAGGUGUUCUACAACGUGAACCGUCACUGGCCCUUUGGGGAUGGACUGUGUAAGGUGUCAGGAACUGCCUUCAUCACCAACAUCUACGGCAGCAUGCUCUUCCUCACCUGCAUCAGCGUAGAUCGCUUCCUAGCCAUAGUCUACCCUUUCCGGUCACGUUCGAUCCGCACACGAAGGAACGCGGCGCUGGUUUGUGCCGCCGUGUGGCUGACCAUCGUGGGAGGAGGGAUAUCUGUGACCUUCUUCUCCACCAUCAACAGCACCACCAAAGCCACCACCUGCUUCGAGGGCUUUUCCAAGAGCACCUGGAAGACCUACCUGUCCAAAAUCACCAUCUUCAUCGAGAUUGUUGGUUUCCUCAUCCCACUCUUGGCCAACUUGGUUUGUUCCUCGCUGGUUCUUCGAACGCUGCGUCGCCCGAUGACUGUCGGUCACGGCUGCGAAAGCAAGCGACGCGUCCUGCGGAUGAUUCUGGUCCAUCUUGCCAUCUUCAUCAUCUGCUUCGUCCCUUAUAACUCCAUCCUCUUCCUAUACGCGCUGGUGCGAACCCAGGCCCUGGCUAACUGCGCUGUGGAGCGCUUUGCCCGAACUCUUUACCCCAUCACUCUGUGCAUGGCCACUCUGAACUGCUGCCUGGACCCUGUAGUCUACUACUUCACCUCGGAGAGCUUCCAGAAGAGCCUGACCUUGGGGGGUAAAGGGGGCUCCCGGCCUGAGAGCAUCCCCCGGAGCGACACGGAGACCCAGGACACCUCAAAUGCUGUCCUCAGAGACACUCACACUCUAGCCAGCAAUGGAAAAGAGACAAAGAUGUCUGAGAGUCGAUUCUGACUCCUCUGAGGGAAAUAAAGAAGCACAGAGUGGGUUUGACAGGAGCCUUGAACUUGAAAAAUAAAGCAAUCAGCUGUUUGGUAAUGGAAGUGGCCAACACAUAACUCACCAGAUUAGUUAAUUCCUGAGGUAAGUCCUGAGGUAUGGCCUGGGCUUUAUGGAUUAAUCCACCAGAGGAACAGAGGAAUGUAUCUGUGUUUAUUAUGAGAGAAAACUACAGGGACCAGAGACUCGGCUACACAGGGACUAUUGGGACAGUCCAGAGCCUCUGAAAGAGAGUCCAACACAUCACCACUCAGGCUUAACGCCCACAAACACUCACAAAUGCACUGGAUUGUGGAUAAGAUGGAGAUUUCUAUCCACGUUGUUGCUGUUUUGUAACCCAAUGAGCCCUUAACUUUUAUUCUUAUGAAGAUCAAGCCUUGACAGAGCAUUUUAUCACCUUAGUGUUAUGACACUCUUGUUACUACUGUACAACGCAGCAUUGUGUCGACCUGCUGAGUCAGAUGUGUCCCAUGUUGAAGUUUAAGGCCACUAAAUGUCUGUUUUGAUUUGCUUUUGCAUUGAUUAUCUCUAUCCCCGGCCGGCGCUUUGUGCCUGUCCUCUCGGUCAAACCUACUCUGAACUGCCCUUUUGUCAGCAAGACUGUAAGUUUGAAUUCGUGGAGGAGUUUUUCUGCAUUUUCACCAAUUGCAAGCUUGUUCUCGGUGCACAGGGCAGCUCUGAUUUAGUCUGGGACCUUGGCCUGUGUGCUGUGUCACAGGCCAAAUGCUUAUUAUGACUGGAGCAAUGGUCCAUUGUUUGCUUCUGAAUGAGCUCUCUCUGUCUUAAUCUGGCCUUAGACUGCAGAUCUGCUCAAAGUCUCUUACACACUGCAAUGUGCACACACUCCAAAGUACAGAGGAACACUGUUGACUGUUUACCCAAAAUCUUACAAAGCACGAAGCACAAAAACAGUAAUGAGUCAGCAGAUGCAGGAGUUGAAAUUGCUGAAUUUGCAUGUAUGAAUUUGUGGGCAAAUUGGUAACUGAAAAGCUCAACAGUGUGUCGAAUUUUGUCACGCAGUCCCAGCAGGAUGUAAGAUCUGACCACACAAGCCCAUAAAGUGGUGAAAUAAACUGAUUUUGCAGGAGA